CAUUUCACACUGUGUCAGAGCCUGUGUGUGUGAGAGAGAGAAGUAGAAUGGAUAAGUCCAGGAAACAUUUUACUGAUCUUAUAGAUAAAGGAAUAGCGGCUGCCAGUUUACUGCCUCGUGAUGAACUGCUGUUUUCUUACAAUGGAACUCUCUACCCUGUCACUAUUUGUAGUCCUGAAACAUUCAGAGCCUUGGAGUCCUUUGAAUCCAGAAGUGAUGAUGUAAUUUUGGCAGGAUACCCUAAAUCUGGCACAAACUGGCUAAGUCAAAUCUUAACUGACCUGAUAAACAUAUCUGAAAAGAAAACACAGGAUGGAGAAAGUGGUGUGAAUGAUGAAGAACUAGAAUUCCCCUACCUUGAAGUUGGAGAUGCCAAGAAAUAUGAGCGAAUGACCAAAUUACGUUCUCCAAGAUUUAUGGUUACUCAUCUCUGUCCUGAAAACCUUCCCAAGUCUAUCUUCAAAAAUAAAGUCAAGAUAUUGUUAUUGAUUCGUAACCCAAAAGAUUUAGCUACAUCUUUUUACCAUUUUUCCAAUGGCCUGUCCAUUCUUCCCUCCUAUGAGACCUGGGAUGAUUUCUUCACAGAUUUCAUGACAAAGAAAGUGGUCUGGGGAUCCUACUUCGAAUACCUUUCCAAAUGGAACAACUAUGCUGAUGAAGAAAAUGUUAUGACAAUAACUUAUGAAGAGCUAAAAGAGAAUCCUGUCGUGGGUGUGAAAAACAUAGCUGCUUUCUUAGGGAUUUCAGUGACUGAGGAGGAGCUUCAGCUUGUGGUAGAGAGGAGCAGCUUUCAGUCAAUGAAGAAGAACUCACAGAAGACCCAUGGGGCAUUAGGCAACGUUCUCUUUCGCAAAGGUGCUGUAAGUGACUGGAAGAAUCUUUUCAGUGAAGAUCAGAAUGAGAAAAUGGACAAAGCAUUUGAAGAAUAUGUAGGAGGAACUAAACUUGGAAAAAAGUUAAAGUAUGAAGUGUACUGUAAAGCCUGAAGAGUAAUAAAAUGUGGUCAGAACGAGAACUUCUCGAGGCACACACUGAUAAUCUGAGUACUAUAUACUGGAAAAUUAGAUCAAAUUAUCAAAGCACUGUUAGAAUUACUUUAAUAAACACAUUGCAGCAGCCUUUAUAGUGACGAUGAAUAGUAGGCUUUUGUUUUAUGGUGAGAUCUUUGGCUUGCUUUGGCUACACCCAUUUGCUGCAAGAUGUGUCAACUAAUCAUAUUCCCAAAAAUUCAACAGCCCUGUUCCAGUAGCUGUCACCUGGAGGGAAAUGACCCUUUUCUUUCUAGCCAAACCCCAUCUUUCUAGACUAUUUUGUAGUUAUUUACUGUGCAGAUAAUUUUUUCUUCAAAAAUGUUUCAAAUCAAGCAACAUCUUCACAGAAAAGAUUACUAGCAAAAAUAUGGAUCUGACACAAACCUAAUGACAAAGGAUGUCUUCCAUGACUUCAGCACAAACUGUAUCAGAGCUAGAGAGGGAAGAAAGAAAGCGAAUGAAGAUCAGCAUUCUUAAGGAUUUUAAUCUCUCUUAAUGCAAAAUGUGAGGAUGGAUCUCAGAUUAUAGGCUGGUGUCAAUCGGAAAAAUUCACUCAGAGUCACUGCUUUUAUAGGAACAUAGAACAGCCCAGGAUGGAAGAGAUCUUGAAAAAUUAUACGAUCCAACCUUUCAUGAGAAAGGGAGCCUAGAUUAGAUUACUGCAUCUUGAAGACCUCCAGUGAUGAGGACAGACUCUACCACAUUUCUGGAGAGGUUGUUCCAGUGAAUGAUUGUUCUCACUGUAAAAAUUUUUUUCUUAUAUUAAGAUGAAACCCCUCCUCAUGCAACAUGAACCCACUGCUCUUACCUUCUCCAUAUGGCUCCUUGUGAAUAGAGAAUCUCUGUCCUCUUUGUUGCUGCCCUUUAACUACUGCAAUACUGUGAUGAGGUUGUCCCUGAGCCUUCUCAUCUUUGUGGUCCUCCUUUGGAACCCCUCCAGUUUGUCAGUGUCUUUCUUGAAAAUGGUUCUGUUGAGAGAGUGGGAGUGCCAAGAGUGAUGGUGUGAGACAUUACUAUACUCAGCUAUAUUGUACUGCCAUUGCUAUUUGGCUCUGUGGACACAGUAUUUCAGACCUGUCCAGGGACUAACUGCACUUCAGCCACCUGUUCUGGGAAAAGAAGCAAAAUUAAGUCCUUUAAGUACAGUUGAAUUAAAAAUAGGAAAAACCACACCCAAUUUAUAGAUUCACCACUAAGCAGAUAAGAAAUAGAAAUAAAAUAUACACUAGAGAAUAAUAAAGUGACUUUUUGCUUCACUCUUUUAAA